CACCUGUGAGCGAGAGAGGCAAGGUGGAUGUCAACAGAGAACAGCUGAUGGCGGAGGGAGGCGGCGGCUGACUGACUGACUGUGACUGGUUGACUGGCUUUCCUUCAGGAUGUGGGUGAAGCCAGAGGAAGUGUUGGUGGCUGGCGGCUUCUGGGACACAGAGGUGGCCAACACGUUCUUCCUCCUGCAGCAGCGGAAGGGGUCUGGCAGCGCGGCAUCUCGGGGCCUGGCGGGGCUGCUGGUGGGGACUUUGGAUUCUGUUUUCGACACCAAGCCUCCGCCUUACCGCAUCCUGCACCGCACACCCUCUGCCGAGCUUUAUUACUUAGUGGCAGUGUCCCUGAAGAAGGAUGAGAUCGACGAAAACUGGGCAUGGCUGGAGAGAAACCUGAUGAGCAUCCUGGCCACGUUUGACAAGGAUGAGGACGUGACAGACUUCGUGAGGUGCAAGAUCGAGUCCCUGGUGGCGAACAACACCAUCGCCGACCCUCUCAACACCCCAGACCCUGACUCGGAGACGUUCAAGGCAGUGUCCUUCAAAUUCCGGAAGUUGUUCAACAUGCCUGAAGGGGAGAAGCUCGUCAACUACUACUCCUGCAGUUACUGGCACAACAGACUACCGAGACAAGGGUGGCUAUACCUGAGUGUAAAUUACCUUUGUUUCUACUCAUUCCUGCUGGGGAAGGAAACUCGUGUCAUUGUGAGGUGGAGGGACGUCACACUUCUGGAUUGCACCAAUGCCCUCAUCUUCCCCGACAGCAUCCGCGUGUCCACCAGGGACCAUGAGCACUACUUCUCCAUGCUGCUGCGGAAGAAGGAGACCUAUGAACUGAUGGAGCAGCUCGCCAACAUGGCCAUGAAGCAGCUGAUCAACGAUGAGGAGUUUUCGGAGGACAAGGAUCUGCUCACUAAGGUCAGCAAGAAAGUUCCCAAAAAGCCGUCGUUUCUUAAGAGGGAUCUGGAUGCAAGGGCUCACUCGGAUGCCUACCGGAGCAAAUUCAGGUUACCGCUGAGUGAGAAGCUUGACGGCUCCACCUCUUGCUCCAUGUGGGCGCCGUACAAGAAGUCCUACAUCAGCGGGACUCUCAACAUCUCCCUCAACUACAUCUGCUUCGAGAGUAAGAUUGCCAACCUGGUGAGUGUGGUGUGUCCGCUGCGGGAGGUGCAGAGUGUGGAGAAGGUGGACAACAUCAAGGGGAACAGUGCAGUGAAAAAUGCAGUCUUUGUAUGUACCACCCAAACCACUGGGCCCUCUAAUACUUUCCUCUUCAUCGACGUGGGCGACCGCGACUUUGUCAUCAGCAAGCUGUCUGAGAUGCUGGGCAAGAGUAUUCCCACCAAGAAUGUCCUUCCCGACGGCAUGCUGGUGGGCUCUGAUCGGUCUAUCAGUCGGUCAAACUCUGUGUGCGAAGACAAGAGUGAAAACAUCAGCCUUAGCAGCCUCAGCAUCAGCAGCAUCUCAGAGAACAACGGAUCUCUGCCCACAGACCAAUCUGACAUGGGCACUUCCUCCCUGCCAUUGAGGGCCCUGUAUGACGACCCUGGGGAGGACCUAGAGGAGAUGGACAGCAACCACCGCAGGGAGGCACUGUGGGAGAGACACUGGCAGGAAUAUGGACAUGGUGUGACACUCUACCGCACUGUGGAGACCCUCAGGCUGGUGCUGGAGGGGCUGCCGGGUGCUGUGCGGAGGGAGGUGUGGAUGAUUUUCUCAGGUGCCAUUAACGAGCAGGCAACCCACCCAGGCCAUUACGAACAGGCAGUCGUUGCUGGGCUGAAGAGAGGUGGCCCUGCUAAUGAAGAAAUAGAGAGAGACUUGCAUCGCUCCCUGCCUGAACACCCUGCAUUUCAGAGCGACACGGGGAUCUCAGCUCUCCGUAGGGUUCUCUGUGCCUACGCCUGGAGAAACCCUGCCAUUGGAUACUGCCAGGCAAUGAACAUCGUGGCAUCCGUUCUGCUGGUGUACUGCAACGAGGAGGAGGCAUUCUGGCUCCUGGCGGCCCUCAGUGAGCGUCUGCUGCCUGACUACUACAACACAAGGGUCAUCGGGGCUCUUGUGGACCAGGGAGUGCUGGAGGACCUCAUUCUGGACCACAUGCCGGGACUGCACACUCGCCUCUCGGAGCUCGGCGUGAUCUCCCUCGUGUCCCUGUCCUGGUUCCUCACUCUGUUCCUCAGUGUCAUGCCCUUCGAGGCGGCCGUGCACGUGGUGGACUGCUUCUUCUACGACGGGGCGCGUGUCGUCUUCAUGGUGGCACUUGCAAUCCUCGGUGCCAAUCAGGAGAAGCUGGAGCAGUGCAACGACGAGGGAGAGGCAAUGAUGGUGCUGUCGGAGUAUCUGGGAGCCGUCACCACCCCUGAGAGUCGGUACGGGAGGCGCCGGAGCAGUGUGGUGGCAGAUGACAGUCAGGAGGAGGAGGUGAAUGUGAUAGGUUUGCUAGAGACGGCCUACAGAGACUACGGCUUCAUUACAAAUUUGGCAGUGGAGCGGCUGAGGGUGAAGCACAGGCUGAGGGUGGUGCAGACCCUGGAAGACGCCAUGAUGAGGAACACACUGCGGACUGUGGGGCCGGACUGCUUGCUUGGACAAUCCGAUCUGAAGGAGCUGGUGAUCUAUGUGCGAGGGGAGCAGAUCCUGGGAGGGGACGACAAGGAGGUGCGGCAGAGGAGUAGCUCAGGUGGCCCCCUCACUCACGAAGGAUAUGUGGUGGGCUACGACACCUUCAGGCAGCUAUUCCUGGCGGUGGCACCAUGGGGGCAAGGCGACCGUGCUGAGGCCCUUGCAACUAGUACCUUUAAUAUGCUGGAUGUGGCGGGGACUCACUUGGUAGCGUUCCGUGCUGUGGCAUGGCUGUUUGGCGUGCUGUGCUGUAGCGACUUGGCCCGAAAACUGCGGCUUUUCUACUACCUCCACCUGGCUUUCCCCCCAAGGCUGGACGAGGUGGACCGGCCCCUAGGGAACACAUCUACAGCAGAGGUGGAGGAGGAGACAGCGGUGGAAGCAGAAGAGUACUUUGAUUGCAUGGAGGAGGACUCGGGCAAAGGUCAGGUGGAUCUUGAGCUCUCUGAUGACUCCCCCACGUCCCCCUCUGUUGCCUCCUCCCCCAAGACAGAGUAUUGUGACAGUCUGACAGGCCUGGCCACCAUCCACAAUCGAGACUACCGCCUGUACGAGCAGCGCUUCCUGCCCACCAUGUCGCAGGAGCAGUUCAUCAACAUGUGGCGGACAGUGUACAGCUUCUUUGCCUUCGAAACCAACCAGGAAAUCUUCACCUCUUUGUCCAGAGUGGGUACACUACUGCUGCAGAUUGGAGAGGUGGGCCGGAGAGUGAAGGAGAAGGCAUCGCAGGGUUCUCUCAGUGAGGGAAACAGCCACUCACCAGACAGCAGCAGCAGCGACGGCGACAACCACAACAACCCUGGCAGCGAGGACCACAGAUCGACAUUAGGAACAGACAGAGACUCCCCUUUGGCAACAGGCGCAUCCUUGACCACCACAACCACCACCACAACCAAUAAAUCAGAGAGGACCAGAAACCCUAGUAACCCCAGUAACGCCACCACCAGCUCCCUAGACACCAGUUCGGACAUGAGCACUCCUUCAUCAAGCUUAAAUUUCAGUGCUAACAUAAGCCCCAGCAGACCACAGGAGACACUAGACAAGAAGGAGCAUGACAGACACACACCGCUUCACUCCGCUUCACAGGAACCAAACCAGUGCCAGGAGGGAGGCUGUGAGGAGUGCCAGCCCCCAACACAACAAUACCCAAGUCAGGAGUGGUGUAUAUCCUUUGAGCAGUUUCUGGCUAACGUGGCAAAUGAGGAAAACCUUGUACGUUUCUUUGAGCAGCAGGUGAGGGUGGCCGAGGAAGUGCAGAAGCUGAGGACUCGAAACACCAUCAGUCAGAGUGCAAGUGGAUCUUCUGCCUCCUCCCCCUCUUAGUGCUUUCCCCCAAGGUCCUCCCGGUUAGUACUCAUUUCCUGUGGUACUGUAGCAACCCACUCACGUCCAUGUUAGGUUAGGUGGCUCUGGGUUGUUGUGUAUGGUUAGCUUCCCUGAUCCUUUGUCUCGUCACUGGCUGGGAAUGGCGGAGUGAAGGUGAUGGGAAGGGAAUUCGAUCAUCCAAAUUGUGUGAUGACUCGAGAGCUCAGAGGUGGCGUGAUGUUAGAUAAGGUGACCAAAAUGUGGUGAUUUUUUUUUUAGAGAAACUGGAGAUGAGAAAUUGGGAAGUUUAUCUAAAAUGUGAUGAAACUUGAGAGAAAAUGAGGUGAUCUGAAGUCAGCCAGGGUAUCUAAAGUGUGCUGAAACAUUAUAGAGAAAAAAGAGGUUGAUAAUUGUUUAGUAAGUUAUGAGAAAUGUGCUGAAAUCUUAUGAGCAUCUGGAGGUGAUUUGAAUUAAGUUAUCCAAGUGAUCAGAAAUGUGGUGAGGCCUAAAUGAGAAACUGGUGGUCUGAAAUUAAGUCAUCCAUCUGAAAUUGUAGAGAAAAUAGAGAUAGUACGAAGUUAGCAAAUUUAGCCAAUAUAUAUGGAGCUUCAUAGUAACUGGGUAUGGUGUGAUGUUAGGGGAUUUAACCACAAUAUAUGAAACUAGACUAACUGGUGUGAAAAUAUAUAAAGUUUUGGGGUCACAAGAGAUGAUGAGAGCUUAGCAGGAAAUUGAACCAAACUGCUGUAUUGUGAAACUGAAGGUGACCAAAAGUUUGCCGAGUUAAUUCAAGGAUAGGAAAUUAAAACUGAUUCAUUCAAAAACUUAUCAAAACUUUUAAAGAAUCAAAAAAAAAAAAGUGAUAAAAAAAAAAAGCCAAAUUUUAUCAUAUUAAUUUUAGGGAUAUUUUCAUGAUUUUGGUCUUGAAACUUCAUCAAAAUACACAAGUAAAAAAAAUAAAUAAAGUAAAAAAUGUAAUUAAUCUUUCCUCAUCAUCUCAAACCAUUUAUUUAAUAUUGGUCUUAAAGUAUGACCAGAAAAUACUUAAAAAAGAAAAUAAUAAUUGAAGUUUGAUGAUAACACAAAACAUUAAAAUUGAUUAGAAAGACUACCAUUAAAAGCUUGAAAUGAAGGACAGACAUUUAAAAAGCUUGAUUGCAAAUAUUGGCAUUGAAAAGCUUAAAUGGAGCACUGGAAAUAUAAAGCUGGACUCAGAGGUUUAGCAUUGAAAGCUUAAAUAGUAAGAUUGACAUUGGAAAGCUUGAAUUGAAGACCAAACACAAAACUUGACCAUCAGAUACAUUGAAAGCUUGAGUUUGACAGAAAAGCUUAACACUGAAAACUCAAUUGACAAGUCUGGAAUUGAAAGCUUGAAUAGAAGAACAAAGUUGACAAAGAAAAGCUUAAAACCCCAAUUGAACAGCCUGACAUUGAAAGCUUGAAUAGAAACAGAAAACUUGAAAACCACAGAUUGAAAGCUUUAUUGACAGGUUGGGCAGUGAAAGCUUAAAUAGAAGGAUUUGACAGAGCUUAACAUUGAUCAUGUGAUCAACAAGUACAACACUGAAAGCUUGAAGAGAAAGACUGAUGGAAAAGCUUGAAUAGAAAGGUAAACAGAAAAACUUGAAUUGAAAGCUUGAAGGGAAAGAUCAGUGGAAAAGCUUGGAUAGAAAAAUUAACAGAAGGACUUGAAAGCUUGAAGAGAAAGAUUGAUGGAAAAGCUUGGAUAGAAAAAUUAACAGAAGGACUUGAAAGCUUGAAGAGAAAGAUUGAUGGAAAAGCUUGGAUAGAAAAAUUAACAGGACUUGAAUUGAAAGCUUGAACUGAAGGCUUGAAUAGAAAGGUUCACUGUUUCAAGCGGCAUUUAUUUGGCAUGUCUGUCAUUCAGGUUAACCUCUUCCACUAUUUUUCCAUAUUUUUUUUACUCCAUGUACUCCAAGAAGUGUUAGGCUAAGAUACAACAUUUACCUGUAAGAAUCUGUACCUUGUAAGCUUCAAUGGAUAUUUUUUUUUAUAUAUUACUACUAUUACUACCACUACUACUAAUACUUCUGCGUACACUCACUAGUAGAGGCAAGAAGUAUACAUCGACUGAAGGGAAUAAUUGAAUAUACAGAGGUAGGCCCUGUAUACUGCACUUAGGUAAACACACAUACACACACUCCCUCACUCACUGAUAGCUAGCACUGUACAUCGACUGAAGGGAAACUGAAUAAACAGAUACACAGAUAGAUAAACAAAUAGGACCAGGCAUGUUUUAGUUCUUAGGUAAACACACACACACACACACACACACACACACACACACACACACACACACACACACACACACACACACACACACACACACACACACACACACACACACACACACACACACACACACACACAAACAUAUAUGAAGCUCAUACAAGUAGAUAGAAUGUAAAUUGACUCAGAUCUAAUGGAAAAUUAUAGAAGCAAGAUUGCAAAAGAUGCCAAAGACACAUAAGUGAAUAUAUAUAUAUAUACAUUUAGAGAAAGAUGUACAAUGUAAUUUUGCAUAGAUUUAUUAUUAUUAUUGUUAUUUUUACUAUUAUUUUAUUUUCCGAACUCUGGUUGUCCGUGAUGGUGCAAAUAAUGGUAAGAAGGUGAAAGUUAUGCCGUAUUUCGUAAAGUUUUGGAGAAACGGAAAGAGGAAGGCAAGGAAAGUUGUGCUGUCUUAUAAAUUUUUAAAGACAGAAGGAGGAACACAAGAGAUGAGGAAAAUGAUGCUGUUUUAUAAGAUUCUGAACAAGACAGGAGGAGGAGGAGGAAGACAAGGAAAGUUAUGUUAUGUAAAAUUUUAAAGACAAGAAUUAAGAUUAGGAAAGUUGUCAUGUAGUUUGUAAAGGUUCGAAGAAGACAAGAAGGGAAAAACAAAGAGAGUAAAGAUCAAGAAAGUUAUGCAGUAUUCUGUAAAGUUUUGAAGACAGGAGGAGGAAGACAAGUAGUGAGGUGAGAGUAGAAAAAAAUGCUCUGUUUUGUAGUAAAGUUUUCAAGGCAAGAGGAGGAAGACAAGGGGAGAUGAGAUUAGAAAGUGAAUGCUGUUUUCGUACUCUUGAAAACAGGAGGAAGAAGACAAGUAGUGAGGUGAGAGUAGAGAAAGAAUGCUGUGUUUUGUAAAGUUUUUUAAGACAAGAGGAGGAAGACGAGGGGCGUAGGAUAAGGAGUGUGAUGGUGUGUUGGUCUCUGAGUGGCCGUAAAUUGAAACAAGAAGGGAAAAUUAGUUUGUUCUUGUGAUUUUUUUAUGACAUUCAGUGACAAGUUAGUGUUUUAGUCCCAAGUUGUGAUUUAGAAACAAUUAACACCGAGGUUGGUGAAAUUUAUUAAUAGGUAUAAUUUUGAAACCAGAUGACGAAGUAGAAUUUAAAUUGUACGUUAUUGCAUUCUUCCAUUUGCUGUUUUGUUUCGUUUUUUCAUUAGUUUCAGUUUGUGAUCUGGAAACAUUACUGCUGAAGUUUGUAAGAUUCAAAAACCUCUAUAACUUUGAAACCAGGUAAGAAAAAUGGUUAUAAUUAUUAAUUCAUUGCAUCCUUUUCUUGUUAUUUUUAGUUAUUGGUUGUGAUUCUUGAAACAUUACCAUUGAGGCUUGUAAAGAUUUUGAAGUGUCUAGAACUUUGGAACCAGAUAGAAAAGGAAUUAAGUUUUUAUCGCUGCUCAUUACAUUCUUUAAUUUCUUGUUAGUUUUUUUUAGUUCCAAAUUGUGAUGUUGAAAGACCAAUGUUGAGGUUUGUAAAAUUUAAAAUGCCCAUGACAUUGAAACCAGAUACGAAAAUUGAAGUUUUUUUUUUUAUAUUUACACCUCAUUACAUCCUUUCUUGUUUUUUAGUUACAAAUUGUGAUGUUGAAAUACUAAUGUUGAGGUUCGUAAAGUUUAAAAUGCCUGUAACUUCGAAAUCAGGUACGAAAAUUGAGUUUUUUGAUAUUUACGCCUCAUUACAUCCUUUCUUGUUUUUUAGUUACAAAUUGUGAUGUUGAAAGACUAAUGUUGAGGUUCAUAAAGUUUAAAAUGCCUGUAACUUUGAAAUCAGGUACGAAAAUUGAGUUUAUUGAUACUUGCACCUCAUUACGUUCUUUCACUUUUUUUUUUUAGUUUCAAUUUGUGAUUUGGAAAGAAUAGUCCUGAAGCUUGUAAUAUUUAAAGGUACCCUCAACUAACUUUUAAGCCAGGUGAAGAAAAUAUAGUUUAUUAAUAGCUACACCUCAUUACAUUCUUCUAUUUUCUUUUUUCCUUUUUCUUUUCUUCAGUUUUGAGUUGUACUUUGAAAACCACUACAUUUAAGACAAGCUUCCAAAAAUUUUCAAAUCCCAAAUAAACAUCAGAUCACUACACUACAUACCUCACUAUAUUUCAACGGUAACCCUCACAACACCCUGUCACUCCUUAACCUUUUCACUCCUGGACAGAUUUCCCAUAACCACCUUCAUUUUCCACAACACUCAUCUUUGUAUUAGUCUCUUGAAUAGCUGCACCCUGGAGGAGACUAGAUUAACUUAUUUCUCUUUCAUUUUUCCAGUAAGAUCAUAAACAUUUAAUUUCUUACAGUACUUUGAAUGCUAACUAAAGACAUUAGUAGAAGGGUUUGUUUACAUGGAAUUGUGGUGCAGAUCUUCCAUUAACCCUUUAUUGUUGUUGUGUGCUACAUUCAAUAACACCAAAAAAAAAUCUCGCUUUCCAGUCGCUUCCAAACAUUACAUCAUCUACACAGGAAAUGAAAAAUAUACAUAAGUGCCUAUAAUUCAGAAAUCAGAUAUAGAAAAUGAGUUGUAUUAUUGCUACACUUCAUUAUACUCUUUCAUUUCUUCUUAAUUUUUGGUUUUGAGUUGUGCUUCUGAAAGACUAACACUGAGACUUGCUACCUUCUUAUGUCACCUUCCACUCACUUCCAAGCAUUACACCAGCAGAAUAUUGCAUUAUGUAUCGAUGUAUGUACAGUGCAAAUGUCCCUUUAAACCUUAUGCUAUUUAUCACUUCUUACAUUAACCACUGACCACUGAACCACCUCAUCUUCCACAAUCACUUCUUUGCACCAAACGACUUGAAAAAUAUAUUCUUUACUCACCCAUUUUCUUCCCAUAGCUCAACUUCCACACCUCAUCUAAUAUUCCAGUCACUUAGCUCCACAGUCACUAUUGCUCCUUAUAGAUAAUGCAAACCUUUCACCAGCCAUCCUAAGACAAUACCAACUGAAAACUGUGAAACCUAUUCUGCAGUAUUCUGUUUUUAACCCUGUGCAUUGUUGGAUAUCACAGUGGAAACAUUAAUUCGGUGCAUUUGUGACAUUUUACUGUUAUGUGUAGCUUUGCAGAGAGUGCAGGUUGUCUGUGGGGCUGCCACAUGUAGGCCUGGUGGCUUCCUGUGGCUUCCCUUGUUUUCCUAUGUAGCUGGGAGGCAAGGAGGCUUAACAGACUGUCAUUCAGCUGUCAGACUUUCAGUGAAACGUUGUAAAAUUUAAAUGUUGGUGAAGGGAUUGCCACAUGUAGGCCUGGUGGCUUCCUGUGGCAUCCCUUGUUUUCUUAUGUAACUGGGAGACAAGGAGGCUUAACAGUCAUCUAGCCAUCAGACUUUCGAUGAAGUAUUGUAAAAUUUAAAUAUUGGUGAAGGGAUUGCCACGUGUAGGCCUGGUGGCUUCUUGUGGCUUCCCUUGUCUUUUUAUGUAACCGGGAGACAAGGAGGCUUCACAGUCAUUCAGCCAUCAGACGUGGUGAAACAACAUUUUAGUUUCCAUAUGUAGGUCUGGUGGCUUCUUGUUGCAUCCCUUGUUUUCUUAUUCAGCUGAAGAGUAACAAUACUGUCAGUGGAGGAAGAAGAAGUGUAAGGAAAAAUGGAAGUGAUGAGGUAAAUUUAUUUCCCGACCAGUUCUGCUAUCUUCUUAAAGGGAACUCAACUUCAAGAGAACAGUUUCCUUGACAAAGCCAAUAGCAAAACUAGUCAGGAAAUAAAUUUACUGCAUCACUCCCAUUUUUCCUUACACCUCCUUCCUCCACUCGUCCAAAAUGUCUCAGCAAUACUGUCACUACGACCAUCAGACUCUUGGUAGCUGUUCAGUGACCAAGGGGGCAUUCCUUCCUUUACCAGAUGACUUCCUGCAGGUGUCCUAUAAACGCCAUGAUGAAUCCAUGUAGUGUUAAUCAGUAUCUAGUUAUUAAGGGUGAAAUGUUAACAAUUUGAUUAUUUGAGGAAGGAAAGUUGGUUUAGGAGGAAGUGGUAAUAACUUGUAACCUUUUAUUGUGUUUCUGAUGAUGAUAAUGAUAACAGGGCUGUGAGUUAACAGACUAAUAGUGACGUUUGUAAAAAAUUCAAAUCCUUGUGACUUAAGAACCAGAUAAAGAAAAAUAGUUUAUUAA